AUGACCGUCUUUCACUUCUUUAACUGCGCGAUUCUCACUUUCGGUCCCCACGCCGUCUACUAUUCCGCCACGCCCUUAUCUGAGUAUGAUACACUCGGCACCUCUAUCAAAGCCGCUGUUGUUUAUCUUGCAACGGCUUUAGUAAAGCUUAUUUGUCUAGCUACUUUUCUCAAGGUAUCGGAGAGUGAUACCUUUGAUCUGUAUCAGGAGUUUUUGAAGGCAUUAAUAGGUUUUAUAGAUGUUGCUGGGCUUUAUUUUGCCUUGACCCAGUUGACUCACAGGAACAUCUCUCAGAAUCAUAAAUUUCAAGCAGUUGGACUUGGCUGGGCGUUUGCUGACUCUGUAUUGCAUAGGUUGGCUCCUCUUUGGGUUGGUGCCAGAGGAUUAGAAUUUACUUGGGAUUACAUUCUUCAGGGCCUUGAGGCUAAUGCAAAUCUGGUCUUGAGUAUAUCCCUUGCUGCACUUGGAUCUUUGAUGUGGCUUCGGAAAAAUAAACCCAAGACCCUCAUCCCUAUUAUAUACUUGAGUGCUGGAAUCGUAGCAACCAUGCCAUCUAUCACAAGCUAUCUGAGGCGUGGAUUGGGUUGGCACUUUCCCAAAGUGGUAGGUUUUGAGCUAUUCACAUCCCUGGUGAUGGCUUUUAUAAGCUGGCAACUGUUUGCUGUAUGUCAGAGACCUUCACUUGGAAUGUUGGCUGCAAUUGAUUACAAUUUUGUCAUUAGAAGAAUAGAGCUAUAA